CACAUCUAAAAAAUAUUUUAUCAAUUUUUUUUUGCUAGAAAAGCAAAGUUUAUUGAAAUCAAUUUGUUUGAAACAAAAACUGUUUAUUUUAUAGCAUUGUAUGUAUUGUCGGAUUCAAUGAGUGGUUAGUUAUCAUAGAUAGCGGAAGUAAUCAUUGAAAUCAAUUGUUUAUCAUUUAAAAUAUGCCAAAAAAUAAUCGUAUUAAUGAUACUAAUCAAACAAAAGGCAAUUUUGGUGACGCCUUUACAUACGAUCCCAAAUUUAAUGGUCCGACAGAUAAGAGAAGCUGUACUGAUAUCUUCUUUCUUAUCAUUUUUAUUGCAUUCAUCUCUGGUUGGAUUGUCAUUGCAUUCAUUGGGUAUUCUAAUGGAAAUCCCGAGAAAUUGAUAUAUCCGACCGAUUCGUACGGCGAUAUUUGCGGUCGCGGCCAAUAUCAUGAUAGGCCUUAUUUAUUUUUCUUCAAUUUGCUCAAAUGUGCCAAAAAUUUAAACCAUAAAAUUUUUGAUCGAUGCGAUACACCCCAGGUUUGUGUAUCGCAAUGUCCGACACAAACAUUUUCAUUAUACCAAUUAAAUAGAUUAGAUGAGAGAUACAAAAGUUUAAUUAUAUGUAAAUACAAUAUAACGGCAACAAAUGAAAACUUUAAGCAAUUGAUAAAUGAUGACAAAUGCGCCGGUAUUUACUUCAAGAGUGAACCGUUUGCCGGUCGGUGUAUACCAUCAUUACUGACAAUGAGUGGUCAGAUUCUGACAGAUGAGAUGACUAGUGGCGGCAAUUUGAUGGACAACACUAAUACGGCAAUUGAUUUGAAAAAAAUUAAAGACACAAAUCAAGCUAUUGUACUACUUUUAAAUGCUCAACAAGUUGGCUACAAAAUAAUACAGGAUUUAAGACAAACUUUUAGUUGGAUUAUUAUUGGUUUUGGAUUAGCGAUGUUAAUAUCGUUUUUAUGGAUAGUAUGUAUGCAAUGGUUCGCACAUUUAAUGAUUUGGUUUUCAAUUCUUGCCGUAAUUGUUCUCAACUCUUGUGGUCUCUAUUAUGCCGUCAAUCGUUACACUACACUGUCAUCAGAAACAACUGCUGAACCUCUGGUCAAUGUCUCAUCUAAGAAGUCAGUAAACUAUGAUUUCCGAAAGUCAAUGGACAACAAUUUAGACUCAUAUCUGGCCAAUCGGGACACUUGGUUUGCGUUUAGCAUAAUCUGUGCCAUUGUAUUAUUCAUCUUAAUCCUUGUCCUAUUAUUUCUUCGAAAACGAAUUAAGUUAGCCAUAGCUCUGAUAGUGGAGGCGAGUAGAGCUGUCUCAUGUGUGAAGUCAUCGCUUUUCUUUCCAGUCAUACCUUAUUUGAUGCAAUUGAUUGUAAUAUCUUAUUGGGCGACCGUUGCUAUAUUGAUAGCCUCCUCAGCCCGUCCCCAAUAUAAGAACUUAAAGACUGGUCAGGAUUGUCAUCCAAAUCUGAUAUUAGAUUCUGAUCCUCAAAGUUGUGUAUUUAUUCAAUACUUUGAAAGUAAUGUCAUAUUUGCGGCUCAUUUAUACAACUUGUUUGGUCUGCUUUGGGGUUUAUUCUUUGUUAUUGGUGUUGGUCAGGUAAGUCUUGCCGGUGCCUUUGCCUCAUAUUAUUGGGUUUUUAAGAAACCACAGGGCGUUCCCUUUUUUGCUGUAUUUGGAGGACUUUAUCGUUGUUUUCGAUAUCAUACCGGUUCCGUUGCAUUGGGUUCACUACUUAUAGCAACAAUAAGAUUCAUUAGAAUUAUUAUUGAAUAUAUCAAUGAAAAAUGCAAGAAAUAUGCGGACAAUUGCUUUGUAAAAGUUGUGAUGUGCUGUUGUCGGUGUUGGUUCUGGUUAUUGGAGAUAUUUAUGAAAUAUAUUAAUAAAAACGCUUAUAUAAUGAUUGCUGUUUACGGCAAUGGGUUUUGUACUUCAGCUAAAGACGGAUUCCUUUUAAUCUUGAGAAACGCUACCCGAGCCACGGUUUUGGACAAAGUAACUGAUUUGUUACUAAUUAUUGGCAAACUAACUGUCACAUCAAGUAUGGCUAUCCUAUCGUUUUACGCUUUUAGCCACAAACUAGAGUUUUUAGACAUACCGACUCUCAAUUAUUAUUGGGUUCCUAUAGUUGUGAUAACAUUUGGCACAUACCUAAUCGCCAGUAGCUUUUUCAGUGUCUACAGUAUGGCUGUCGAUACACUGUUUUUAUGUUUUCUUGAGGACUGUGAGCGCAACGAUGGCUCACAUGAAAAGCCAUAUUAUAUGUCAAAGAAUUUGAUGAAAGUUUUAGGAAAGAAAAAGAAAUAACAAAUUUUACAUUCAUUUUAGUCAUUAUUUUUUAUUUA